AUGCCACUGAAACUAUUUCCUCAUAGCCUCUUUCCCACAGCAAAGCUUCAACCUCCGUCACAUCUCUUCUCCGCGCCUGCGGUGUUGCAGCUGAAGAAUGGAACAACAACGACAACAACAACGACAACAAUGUCCCGCCUCAGAAACCCAACGCGGAGGUUCCCUACUACUACUGCUGCAAUCUCAGCCUCAUCUGCACCACUUGAUUUAACAGAGGAAAAUAUUGAGCAGGUCCUUACCGAUGCCAAAACAGAGCUGGGACAACUCUUUGACACUUCAGUUAACAUAACAGGAAAAGUCGAACUCGCAGAACUGGAUGGACCUUAUGUGAAGAUCAGGCUCAGCGGCCGAUUUUGGCACAAACGUUCCACGGUUUUGGCUAGGUUGGGGAAUUACUUGAAGCAAAGAAUACCUGUAAGUGCUGAUCCUCGUUCUGUUUCAACUUCAUUUGAAGAUCGUGCUGAGCUCGUUUCUGGGCUUCCCUCAUCUCAGGAAAUUUUGGAGGUGGAUAUAGAAGACGAGAAGCAGCUUGAUGAUAGCCCUGCAAACUUUUGACACAGAGCUCACAGUGUCAUUGAAACAGUAAUCCUGUUAGAUUUAUCACCAACUAGACAUUUAUCUCGGUUUUAUGGAGCAUGAACGUUGAUUUUGGUAAUGAUAUUUAAAUGCUACACCCAAUGUUGAGGGAAUAUCAA